GUGGCGCGGCAUCGCGGGCUGCUCCGCGAAGAUGCUGUCGGGCCACGACUGCGCGGACCCCGAGCCGUCGCGGCCCUGGGACGGCGGGCUGCGGCACGCGAGCACGGCGGUCGCGAACGUCGAGAAGAUGCGCUUCGUCGGCCUCACGGAGGCGUGGGACGAGGAGUGUGUGCCUGUUCCACCGCAUGUUCGGGGGCAGGAUCAGCCCGGCCGAGUUCCAGAAUUUCCACUCGAGCCACCCCGGCAAAAGCGAGGACUACGACGAGGCCGAGCUGCACGGCUUCGUCGACGAGGCCGACGAGCGGGUCUAUGCCGCGGCAGAGCGGCGUUUCGCGGCGCUCCGGGUCGAGUAUGCCGGAGGCGGGUCCGCAUGCACGGACGACUUAGAGAUCUCGCACGCGCACGCGCAGGGCAGCGAGGACAGAAGACCCCCCAACAAGAUAGCACGCCCAGGAGGGAGACGUGGGCACGGACGCAACUGA